UAGCCUAAAAGUCCUGAGAUAAACAUUAAUCUGCGUUGUGGUCUAUCUACAGUGUUGCUUGAAAUAUUGUAAUAAAAUUUAAAAUGCCUGCUUCUUAUUUUAGCGUUUAUGAAAAAUUCUGUUAAUUUUGCGUAAAAAGUAUAUUUCCAAUAUGUAAAAAGCGCGUUUCCGAUUCAGUUUUCACCAUAGCCAUGGCAGGAAAAUUGGAAAUAAAGUGGUCCUUAAGCCCGAGGAAAUUUUUAAGUUGGGGCGCAGACAAUAUUUAUCUGUACGAAGUCAAACCGUUGCAAGAAUCGUCACCCCACGCCAUAAAGUUAUCAAAUAUUUACUGCGCCGACGUCAUUGCCUGCUUCAGUAGCCAACACUACCUCAAGUGCCUGGACAUUUACCCAAAGAGCGACAAAGAUUUGCUCCUCGCCAUAGGAUUGGCCAACGGAAAAAUAACAUUGACCAAUUUCGGCAACUUGGAAUGGGACGCCAAAGGUUUCCCGGGCAGAGAGCUGGUGCCCAAAUACGCGAGACAGUGCAACGCGGUCCUUUUCAACCCCGUGGAGCACAAUUUCCUCGCCUCCGGCUUGGACAAAUACAAACCCGACUGUUCGAUAAUGAUUUGGGACAUAAGCCAUCUGUCGACAUUCUACGAUUACCAGAGGAGUUAUUCGUCGGGGCCCGACCAACCCGUCUCGGCCGUCGAGUUUCCCAAACCGUUGUGGGAGUUUGGGUCGUCGGAGUCUUGUCAAAACCUCGCGUGGUUUUAUAACAACAGCAAAGUGUUGGCGACGGGCAUGAACAUGAAACACAUAAGGCUGUUCGACAUAAGGGACUGUUCGAAAAUGGUAAGUUCCACCCUAACCAAGGCGGCUUGCGGCGUCUGCACCAAUCCCCUGGACGACCGGUACCUGGCCUCUUACUACGAGAACCAGAUAUUCGUAUGGGACACCAGGAGCAUAGAAAAACCGACGGUCAUCUUGCAACAGGCGAAACCAGUGCUGAAAAUUGGAUGGUGCCCCACCAAGAGCAACCUGCUGACUUCGUUGCAACGGGAAAGCGGACUGCUGACCCUGUACGAUAUUCAGCAUCCGAUCGUGGGCAAUGAAGAGGUCGAGCCCACCGUCAUGGAGAGGUUCGUCAACCCCGCCCCCCUUCAGCAGAUUGCUUCGUUCUCGUGGCACCCGACUGAAGAGAACCGAAUACUUACGAUCGCAUCUUUGGACGCCAUCACCGAUUGCAGCGUCUUCGACCGUAUCACGCUGAAUUGUUCGCCGUUGUCCCAGUUGGUGUGGUCUUGCGAUCGAAGGGUGCUGAAGAGCGUCGACGUCAGAAGUUUACCGAACGCCGUCGACAUCUCGCACAGGAUGCGGGAACGUGCCAAAGCGAAGUACGGUUUGGAGUACGACCUGUACAAAAACGCGGACAUGGUCAAAUCCGACGAGAUCCUUUCCAACGUGUGGAACUGGCUGCACCUCAGCUCGAAGCUGAGCGCAGACGGACGUUUGGGCCCGACCGGAAAACAUCCCGGAGUUUUUUCGGUGCUGAGGCUCGACUCGGAGUCGAGUCCGUCGGAAAGCGUCACGGUCACGUGGGCCGAACUCGGCCACGCCCAUUGCGGCGGAUCCGCGGUGUAUUUCAGACACGACGAUCGCAAUAGGGCGUUGCAACUGUGCAGCUGGCCGGCAGAUCGUAACAGCGCGCACCUCGCGACCUUCGCGGAUAAACUGGAAAAAGAGGGGGCGUACACGCGAGCGGCCGCCAUCGCGGUAUUCCGCCUCAACAUCAAGCUGGCCAUAGAGGUGUUAAACCGCGCGCCGAAAAGCAGCGCAUACGGCGUCAGUCUCAACGUGGUCGCGAUGGCCUUGGCCGGUUUCUCGGACGAUCCGACCAGCGUGUGGCGCACCUUCUGCGCAUCCGCCAAGACGAAACUGAACGAUCCCUACCUGAAAACGAUGUUCGGUUUUUUGACGGCCAACGGCGACUACGAUUACGUUUUGAAUGAGAAGGGCAUAGCGGUAGACGACAGGGUGGCCUUCGCUUGCGUUUACUUGCCGGACGCAAAAUUGCUGGACUAUUUGAAGAAGUUGUGUCAGGAGCUGGCCGAGCAAGGCAAUUUGGACGGCCUGCUGCUGACAGGGAACUGCGGCCAGGGCCUGAACAUUUUGCAGAAAUACCUAGACGUGACCGGCGACGUUCAGUCGACGGCGCUGAUCGCCGUCAGAGCUUUCCACGCCGAACUGUCGACGCCCCCCGUCCAAAACUGGAUCGCCAACUACCAAAUCCUGUUGAACGUGUGGAAGCUAUGGUUCGAACGGGCCGAGUUCGAUCUCAUGGUGAUGAAGUACAGCAACGAGAAACCGUCUCAGCAGAUUUACAUAUCUUGCAAUUACUGCGGCAAAAGUAUCUCCGCCCACCUAAGGAACCUCCGCAGGGAGCAGUACACCAGGAUAAGCGGUACCGGCGCUACUACGAAACUGUCCAGCUGCCCCAACUGUCGCAAACCGAUGCCGCGCUGCACCAUAUGCCUGAUGAACAUGGGUACCACCAUAAGCGACGUGAAUUCCGUCAAGCCACUCGAUUUCGACAACUGGUUCACGUGGUGUCAGCACUGUCGCCACGGUGGACAUUCCAGGCACGUACUGAGGUGGUUCGAGGACCAUUUGGAAUGUCCGAUGACCGGAUGCACGUGCAGGUGCUUCUCCCUCGAUUACAUAGUCUCCAAAAAUUCAUGACACCAAUAAAGUUUCUUUGUUUUUUUUCUAAUUCCAUGAUCAAAUGAUUAAUAUUAAUCAAAGAACCGCUAAUGACCUCAUUGGAAAGCUUUUACGGACCGCCGCGUAUCGUAAAACUGCGUUACUACACGCCGAGCACAAAAUUUGAAUGAUUAGUUCCACGAUUAGUUUAAAGCAAAACUAUUUUCUAUGAAAUAUUCAUUAUUUUCGCAAUAGUUUUUUUUUACUUCUAAUGGCCACAACUGCAUAAGGUCAUUGGGCCAGCUUAUACAAUUUUUAACAUUAUUCAGAUAUCCUAAAGAAUGCCUUCUUUAGAGAAGGGUCUGGACCAAUCCAUCAUCCUCCAGGUUAUUUAACGUAUACAAAAACGGAAGCAACUUCUAAAUAAAUUGUCAUAAAAUGACGACCGAUUCUUCAAACGGCUCCCGCAAUUAUCUUAUACGGGAUAUCCGAUCCCAUCCGGCCUGAAUACAAGAAAUCCGGAAACCCUGUUAACAUACACCUCAUUGAAUUACACAUCACGAAUCCGUGUACAUCCGCGUAAGACGAACACUAUGGGCACUACGUCUCUAACACUUCGGAUAACAAAUAUACGUAAUAUUUUCUUUAAACGACACUAAUUUCGACCGAUUUCUACACAUUUUUGGAACCGGGCAGGAGCAACG